AUGGACGGUCUUUUGAAAGACUUUGAUUUGGAGCCUAAGAAUCCCUCAGAGGAAGCCUUGAGACGGUGGAGAUCUUUGGUCUCUAUCGUGAAGAACCGCCGUAGAAGGUUCCGUAACGUCGCGGAUCUCGUCAAACGUGCUGAGGCCGAGAAGAAAAAACGCAGUAUACAGUCCCCUCGUAGAUCACGUGCUGGCUGUCCAAUAAGCUGCUGCCACUUUGCAAGAAAUCGGAAGAUACGAGUAGCUCUUUAUGUUCAAAAAGCAGCUCUGCAGUUCAUUGAUGCUGCUGGACGAACUGAAUACAAGCUUUCAGGUGUAGGACUUGCCACAGAAGGGUGGCCAAAGGGUUUGUAUGAUGACUGGGGAUCAUACUUUGUAUACUCUUGGAUUGCCAUUGGCAGUUACAUUGAGCCUUGCCUUUGCAAUGAGAAACUAUGUGAUCGUGCACUAGUAAGACAUCUCUCUGCUUGUGAGACAAUGGUUUCUGCUAACUGCAUUUGCACUGAUAAAACAGGCUAUAUUUCAAAAUACUAUUCUGAAGUGGUGAAGGAUAAAGAAGGAAAACUUCCAUUUGGGAACACCAACAAAUCAGCACUGAUCCAGUUCGCCCGAAGUCAGGAAGCAGUUCAAACUUGUUUAGCAGCUGGAAUUACUGUUCGCAUGGUUACUGGAGACAACAUUAAUACAGCUAAAGCAAAAGCAAAGGAUGCGGUAUACUUACAUCAGAUGGUAAUGGCUCGCUCUUUGCCUUUGGACAAGCACACCUUGAUAUUGGACUCGCUAUGGGCAGCAGGACCAGAGGUAGCUAAGGAAAAUGCUGAUGUUAUCAUCUUAGAUGAUAAUUUUUCAACUAUUGUAAAUGUGGCCAAAUGGGGACGUGCAGUAUACAUAAACAUUCAAAAGUUUGUGCAGUUCCAGCUAACAGUUAAUGUUGUUGCACUUUUCAUCAAUUUUUUCUCGGCAUGCAUCUCAGGAUCUGCUCCUCUCACGGCUGUGCAGUUGCUCUGGGUCAACAUGAUUAUGGAUACUCUCGGAGCAUUGGCUUUGGCUACAGAACCUCCAAAUGAUGGACUAAUGAAAAGACCCCCGGUGGGGAGGGGUGAAAGUUUUAUCACCAACAUUAUGUGGAGGAAUAUCAUUGGUCAGAGUAUUUACCAACUGAUCAUCCUUCUGGCUCUCUAUUUCAAAGGGACGAAGCUACUGGGGCUUACUGGUUCUGAUGCUACUGAUGUACUCAAUACUGUGAUAUUCAACUCGUUCGUGUUCUGCCAGGUGUUUAACGAAAUAAACAGUCGUGAGAUGGAGAAGAUAAACGUAUUUAGGGGCAUUUUCAGUAGCUGGAUGUUCAUCGGAAUUAUUGUAGUGACAGUGGCAUUUCAAGUUAUCAUAGUUGAAUUCCUGGGAACUUUUGCCAGCACUGUACCUCUAAGCUGGCAACUAUGGGUACUCAGUGUUGUAAUUGGAGCGAUCAGCAUGCCUCUUGCGGUUGUUAUAAAGUUCAUCCCAGUCAAAAACAAUUCACCUAAACGCCAACACCAUAAUGGCUAUGAUCUGCUUCCCAGUGGUCCAGAUUUAGCUUGA